AUGACAGAGCCGUCCCUUCUCCCUGCUGCCCAGAUGGAGGGGCUGGCUCUGCUGCCCCUGGCCUCACCCUGUCCCCGGAUCCCACGAGCCCGCAUCUCCAGGCAACCAGGGCGAUGGGCCCACCUGGGCUGCAGCCCUGGCCUUUCUACAGGCCCCACAAAUCUGCCACGGUAUCCUCUGAAGCCACGCCCUGCUGACUGUGCCCACUCCCGGCUGUCCUGGGCAGAGAGCUUGUCUAUGGACGGCUUCUGGACAGGGGUGGAACGGAUCCAACAGAGGGGUGAAAUGAAGAAGGAAGACUGUGGUGGAAGCAGAAGCCAGCUCCUAGAAGGGGACGCUGAAUCCCAGUGGCUACAGGACACAGGCCUGGCAGGCCUUGUUGGUGGUCUGGGCUUGGAUGGUGAUCACCAGGGACUCCUGUCUACACUGACACAGACCCAGGUGGCUGCUGUGUGCCGCCGGCUAGACAUCUAUGCCCGCUCAGCCCGAAGGCGACAGAAGGCACCCAUCAGAGACGUCAGGGAUAUCUUUGGGGUCUUCACGUCAAGGGAAGCCGCUCCAGAGAAUGGGGACUCAGGAGUGAAAUGGACCGAGUUCAAUUCUGAGGAUUCUGCAUCUCCCCUGAGACCUGCAGAGCUUAGGGGACCACAGGAGCCGGCUGGGAUGGAGGAGGUCUUCAACAUGGAGUCUGCUUACUCUGAACAGGCUGCAGUGCUUCUACAGAGGACCUGGUCAUCGCCAGAAGGCACCCGUGCCUGGGGCAAGGGAUGCCUGCCGAGGUUCAGAAUUCCCAAAGGCAGACUGGGUGUGACCAGGAUAGGAGACUUGUCUUCGAGGGACAUGAAGAAGAUCCCUCCCUUGGCCCUGAUAGAGCUGACAGCACUCUAUGACAUCCUAGGCCUGGACCUGAAGAGAAGCAAAGGCGGGAAGUGGAAAGGCGCAGACUCCGGCCUUUUUGGGGUGCCCCUUCACAGCCUUCUGGAAGCUGACCACAGAGUCUUCCCCAGCACCCAGGUCCCACUGCUCCUGCAAGCUUUGCUGUCCUGUUUGGAAAAAAGAGGGCUGGACACGGAAGGCAUCCUCAGAGUGCCUGGAUCCCAGGCCAGGGUCAAGGGGCUGGAGCAGAAGCUGGAGCGAGACUUCUAUGCUGGCCUCGUUAGCUGGGACAAGGUUCAUCCCAAUGAUGCAUCUGACUUGCUCAAGAGGUUCCUCCGGAAGCUGCCUGCCCCUCUGCUCACAGCCGAAUACCUCCCAGCCUUCGCAGCAGUGCCCAACAUCCCUGACCUGAAACAGCGCCUACAGGCUCUCCACCUGCUCGUCCUCCUCCUGCCGGAACCCAACCGCAACACCUUGAAGGCACUCCUGGAAUUCCUCAGGAAGGUGGCAGCCCAGGAGCAGCACAACAAGAUGACCUUGUGGAACGUUUCCACAGUGAUGGCCCCCAAUCUCUUCCUGCCCCGAGGGCGGCCUCCCAAGCUCGCCCAGGGUGAGAAGCAGCUGGCAGAGGGUGCAGCUGAAGUGGUGUGCAUGAUGGUGCAGUACCAGGACCUGCUUUGGACGGUCGCCUCUUUCUUGGUAGCUCAAGUGCGAAAACUGAAUGACAGUAAUUGCCGUCGUUCCCAGCUCUGUGAUGGGGGCCUCAAGACUUGGCUGCGGAGGACACACGAAGACAGAGACAAGGCUAGGAACGGGCUUGAAGCGACUCCCAAAGUGGCAACGAUCCAGGUCCCGGCGACCGGGCCUAGCAUGGAUCUUCUGCAGGUGCCUCUGAGUCCUAGCACCAGGGUGACCCACGUCCUUAAGCUGUUCACAGAGCACCUCAACCCUGGCUCACAGCCUGAAGAGGGCAGUGAGACCUCAAACAGCCUUCUCUCAGAUAACACGAAGAAGAAGCCGGUCACCUUUCUUGUUUAUGAAGUUGGGGGGAAUAUUGGUGAACAUCGCCUGGACCCAGAUGCCUAUCUCUUGGAUUUAUACCAUGCCAACCCCCAUGGCGAAUGGGUCAUUAGACAGAGCCCCACCUAAGAAACAGCCUGGGAGCAGAGCUGUUCACAUGGAAAGACCAGUUCUUUCAAAGUCCCCCUUCCAGGAAAUACCUCUUCUACGGCCAAUAGCACAGAGCCGGCCUGCCCUUCGCCACAUACGGAGAGCCCUGGAGGUACCACACGGGUACCUGCAUCUCUACAGGGGUUUGUCCACAAUUUCCAGACACAAGGGGAGUAAAAACUGUGGCAGCUCUCUGGAACAGGCAGAAGUUUCCAGAAAAUAUUGCUCUGGAGGCAUCCCCACAGUGUGGAGUGGGAAACCCUGUGUCU